AUGGACGAGCUCUUCAAGCCGCCAAGCCGGCUUCAGACACUCAUCGACCGGGCCGUGCGACCCGAGCUCCGCGAGCCCGACAUCGUUCUCAACCUAGACAUCUGCGACCUGAUCAACAAGAAAAAAGGCAACUACGCACACGACGCAGUUUUCGCCCUGCUCCCGUACAUCAACGGGCGCGCCAACAGCCAAGCGCAGCUAGCCCUAGGUCUCCUAGACUACCUUGUGAAGAACUGCGGACACGCAGUGCAUUACCAGGUGGCCAGCCGCGACUUCCUCAACGAUCUCUUCCGGCGGUUUCCAGAAUUCCAACCGUCGCAGCCCAAUGCCUUGCACUACCGGAUUCUCGAGAUGCUGCAGGAGUGGCGGCUGACACUGUGCAAGCGGUCGCGGUACAAGGACGACCUCCAGCGCAUCCACGAUAUGUACUCGCUCUUGCGGCGCAAGGGAUGGCGGUUUCCAGAGAUCGACGCCAAUGCUGCAGCCGUGGUUCUGGGCCCCGUAAAUACGCUCAAGUCGCGCGACGAGCAGGAGCGCGAGGACCUCGAUGCAAUGCAGGCGAAGCUGCAGGAGCUCCUCCGCCGUGCAACGCCCAAGGACCUGCGCGAGGCCAAUAAGCUGAUGAAGAUCAUCACCGGCUACGAGCAGUCCAGCAAGCGGCCGGACUACGACGGCGAGUGGGAGGGCAAGCUGAAGGAAAUCGAGGUCAAUGUCAAGGUUCUUUUGGAGAUGCUCCAGCGUGUGCAGCCCGGCGACCGCCUCAGCGACACCGUGAAUGAGCUCAAGGCCGCGGUGGGAUCCAACCAGCCGCGCCUGCGCAAGCUGAUCGCCGAGAUGCAG